UCUCGACGCGCCUAUUGGCUGCGGGCGGGGCGGGGGGCGGUUCUCAACCCCAGUGUGUGGCGCGAUUGGAUAGGCUCCGGGAAACGGCUGGGAGGAGCCAUCUUGAGAGCGGGAAGGAUGCCGAAAUGCCACACGCGUCCGCCAUCUUGAUUGGGGGCAGGGCAUGAAAUAACCUCAUCGGGAGCCAUCUUGAGUACGGGCAAGGGCGCCAACGUGCACAUUGCGUUGUCAUCCGCGGCGCGGCCCGGCGCCUUUCUGCCUCCUGCGCGGGGAGCGGUCGCCGCCAUCUUGGCUACGGGCAUAGAAGCCGCGCGCUGCUAUCAGCCGCCAUCUCGAGCUACCCUGUCCUCUAGGUGCCAGUGAGGUCCUUGUCUUCCCUCCCUAGACUGCAGUGCUCUGUGAGAGGCUUCCUGAAGCACCUCGAGAGACCCAGGAGGAGGUCCUGAGAGAAAAAGAAAGGAUAUUCUACUGAAUUCCACACGGAAGAACACCCAGUGAGAUAAGAAACAGCAGCAUGUUUGAGAGCAUCACUGAUGAAGGCUGCAGCAAUGUCAGCUCACUUUGCAAGGAUCUCUCCAACCUUGUCACCUGGGCACACACACAUGGGACUAUAUGCAUUCAUAUCCCAGCCUUGGAAACCGUGCAGAACAUGGGUCAGCCUAGCAAGGAGAAUUCUGUUCUGUGGAUUUGUGGAGCUGGACACGCCUAUCACUGGACGUGUGAAGAUUUACACUUUGGAAGCAAGGAAAGGAACGAGGCUGCAGAAAAGAGAAAGAGGCAAACAUCCUCUGGGGCUCUGUCACGAGGUGCUGCUAUAGGUGAAAAGAGGAUCAGGAUAGCCUCAUCUUUUGAAAGGGCUAGAAGAGACAGUGCUGCCACAGCAUCACGUGGCACACCUGCAGGGGGCCCUCAGCAAAAAGAUACCAUCUGCAAAAUAUGUAAUGAACCACCAGCCAGACCAAAUCAAAGAAACUGCAAAUCCAUGCAACCAGGCUCUGCAGCAGAGCAGCAUUUGUCAAUAUCCAUAGGCGAAAUCAGAACGGACCUCCAUGAGAUGAAGCUGGAAUACAAUGAAGAUCUACACAUCAUCUCUGAUGAUGAACAGUACGUACUGAAUGCAGAAAACCAAGAGGAGACAAUCGACCAGAAUAUUCUUUCACAGUCACCACCUGAAGAUGUAACUGCUGAGAUAGGUUUGCAGAUGUAUCGUGAUCAGAAGACAGAAAUUAACAAGCAGACAGUCACCUCUACAUCUGGCUUCACCCCCAUGACAACGCCUCCCCCAACUCUUUGCUGUAUUCUAAAAUCUCCUGGGAGGGAUCGAAAGAUCCUGGAAAGCAGCUUCUUGAGUCUGGGUCCCCUUAAUCCCACAGUGUUUGUAAGCGAAAAUUCAAGAGCCAGGGAUUCUGCUGAGUCAGCAACACCAAAAGAAGAUUUAGAAUUGAUUCCUAUCUCCAACACUGAAGCAAAAGCCCAGCCAGAGACACCUGCCCCUGCGAUGUUCUUUGAGCUUGAAGCCACAGUAGAUGUCCAGCAGCAAAUCCACCUGAGCUCUACUGAAUGCAGUGUCUCGGGAACCUUAGACUUGAAUGGGAAUGCCACCGAGGGCCCUGCAGAGGAGAGCAGGCUGUCAGGGUCUGAGCAGGCCCCUCGUCCUUCAGCCUCACUGAGCCCACAAAGCAGGAAUGCCAACCAACCUCCUGAAUCUUCAAAAACCAAUGUGCUGAGCAAGAGAAACCGCAAUGCUGCCAACAUCAAAGUUUUCAGAGAGUGGUUGGAUGUGCGCUGCCCUUCUGAGACACGUGAGAUCCAUAAGCUGCCACCCAAAGACCUCGAUAAUUACCUGGCCUUGUUCUACACGUCUGCAAAGAAACAGAACGGCACGGAUUUCUCCACUGGGUCUUUGCAGUUCUUUCAGAACAGCAUAGACAAGUACCUCAAGGAGCACAGUUAUGAGUACAGCGUGGUGAAAGGAUCUGAAUUCAGAGCAUCUCAGGAAGCCUUGAAACAGAAGCAUCAGCUUUUAUCUCAAAAAGAGAGAGAGGAGAACUGGGCUCUUUUGGAGAACCUGACAGAUGAGAACGUGGAUAACCUCCGUAAGAAGGGGCUGUUAAGUCAGACCAACCCACAGAGCUUUCUGCAUCUGAUGUUUGUAAAUAUCAUCAGGGGGUUUGGGGCGAGCACACACAACCACGGCCAGAAUCUGUACUGGGGACAGCUGGUGCUCAGAAGGAACGUGGCAGGGCUGGAGUACCUGGAGUGGAAGCACGACCUCAAUGCAGAGGAAGCUGCAGGGCAAUCGGUUCCACAUCUCUUUGCCAGACCCAACAACCCCGAAAACUGCCCAGUCCAAGAUUAUAAGAAGUAUGCAGAGAAGAGGCCGGGGGACAUGCUGCAUGAUUAUGACCCGCUGUAUCUCUCCCCCAGACACAUGUACUCCGUGUGGGACCAAGUGUGGUACAGCAGGAAAUCACUGACCAAGGCCAAAAUGGGGAAGAUGCUGAAAGUCAUUCUCCAGCAAGUCAAAGCGUCUGAAAAAAAGCUCAGGAAAUAAAGGCAUCCACUUAAUUUCUGUUUGAAAGGAGCGUGUUCUGAAGUUGCAUUUGAGAAAGUUUUAAUAGCAAUAUUUAGCAAAGGUUGAAUGUCCAUCUCUUUGGUUUCACCUUAGAACACAAUGCCUGCAGGUUUGCAUUGCUUUUGUUCUCAGGUGAAGUGAAAAUCUGUUAUUCUAUUAACAGCACUGAUAAUUCAGUUAGUUAGAAAAGAGGAUGUGAAGUUUUCAUGUUUGCAAAAAACAAAGUCAGUGUUCUGCAAUGUUAUUAGUGAUGUGAUAGAACAGCUGGCAUUAACUGAGACAGGGCUUGUUAGCUGACACAAUCAACUUCCUCAGCUGUUCAAUUGCUAUUCAUUCAAUAUAUUCUCUCCCAGUCCAGGCAAGUUGUUGGAUUGAAUUGUUGAUGCAUUCAAAUAAAACAGUUUUGCUUGACGUUGUUUGCCUGUUCUAAAACAGCACAACAAAACAAGAAGAUACCAAUAGAUCAGCCUACAAAGCCAACAAGCUGGUGGUGGCUGGGGGUCCCUUCCCACCCCCCAUGCUGUGGUUCUGUGAUUUCCAGGCUCAGUGAGCAGGAAUAUGGGUGCUGAGCAGCCCUUCCAAGGGAAGUGUCUGCUGAAGGCUUCUGCAAAACUGCUUUCUUUUCCCUUUUUUAUAGGUAGG